AUGCUUCCUACUUCCCUCAAGACUGAGGUAUGUCUUUUACUUUUUUCAUUUUUUCUUUUGUUUUCACUCUUUAUAUUACCUUCGUUCCCACAUCUUUCUUCCCUCCCUUAUUAUAAUCACUUAUUAUACCUCACUCAGACCGACAGCGUUUGCUUUUCAAGCUAUAGGUAACUUGGCCAAUUGGUAGGAUUAUAAUUUUCUCUCUGUUGCUAUUCAGAGUUUUUUUUUCUAGUGCUUGGCAGUCGUGGACAAGUAUACCGCUGACCUUAUUUGGUUACUCACUGAGUUUCCUCCGUACGCGGUGUGCAAGGUGGGUACGAGUCGCUCCAUGCACUAAACACACCCUCAUUCCUUAUGUAGUGUGACGCUAUCGUUGAACAGUAUGGUGAUCUUAUCAUUAAGAUAAUAUUAGGCGAAAUAACACCUGAUGAAGUCUGUAAGGUUGGUGACUGCUUUGUUUUUUCAGCCUUCUGAAACUAUUCGCAACAACGAGUUCAUGAGCCUUUCACCUUUGUGAUUUCUUCCAGAUUGACUUUACCAGACAUCCUGUAGUAACACUGGACCUCUAGGAAGAACAGUUUAGAACUGAUAGAAUUACUACCCAGUAUAAUUAAAGUUAGUUUAGUUUAGGUUUCCUCCUAUAGUUACACUGGAUCAAUAAAAGAUGAUUCUUACUGGACCUCUAGGAAAAACAGUUUAGAACUGAUAGAACUACCCAGUAUAAAUAAAGUUAGUUUAGUUUAGGUUUCCUCCUGGAGUAACGCUGGACAAAUAAGAGAUGAUCCUUACUGGACCUCUAGGGAGAACAGUUUAGAACUGAUAGAGCUAUCAAGUAUAAAUAAAGUUAGUUUAGUUUAGUUUAGGUUUCCACCUGUGGUAAUACUAGACAGAUAAGCUAUGAUAUGCUCUAAAGAUCUCUCUAUCUCUUUCUAGCUCCUCAAGCUAUGCUCAGCUUCAAAGAAAUUGCAAAUCAAAGACGAAUGUUCUUUGGGUGAAUCGUAUUGGUGCGCUAGUUACAAGAAUGCUCUGAAAUGCGACGUAAGUUGCUUGGCCUCUUUAAGACUCGGCCCAAUCCCCACCCAUUUUAAACCGAGGUUUGCAGUGGGAACUGGGUCUAGUUUCCUGUCUCGGCAAUAGAACAAUUACAGAUAUGAAUGAACUAUUUGGUUCUGAGUUAAGCUUGCUACUCUGACUCGAUAGUUUGGGAUUUACUUGAAUUGGGUGACUUCCUUACUUAGUUGAUUUUCUCCAGUGCUUUGAGGGCUCCGGUUUCCUUUCCUCUCCAAAAACUAAGUUGUUGAUUGAUUUCGUGUAUCACGAGCGAGCCUUCGCAAUCAACAUUAAAUAACUAUAACUAUCAAAAUAAUAAUUAUUACUAUCGUUUUAAUUUUUUCAGGCGUUGGAGCAUUGCAACUAUCUCCCUUAAGAAGCUACGUGGAUAAUGAUUAAUGUCACUUAACUCUGCACUUAAUUUUAUAGACGUAAUUCGCAAUUUCUAAUCAUAAUCGACGUAAUAAUAAUAAUAAUAACGUAAUUUCUACAUAUAGUUUAACGCAAUUAGCACAUUUCAGUAUAGGCAUAAAUGUUGUAUUACACUAUACUUGGGGUAAAGUGAAAGCAUUUAGGCACUUGAAAAACUUAAAAGAAAGUUGACUUUUAUAGAAUGUUAUUUGCCUGUUUGGGGAAGUGUACUAUCUUGAAACGUUUUCUAUGCGUUUUUGAAAUUUUUAAUUAAAAUUUGUUCUUGUCCGUGGUUGUUCUAUUGCUUUUCUUUUAUUGUAUUCGCUGACUGCAGUUACUGCAUUGAGUAAUUUUACUAGUUUAUGUCGUAAAUGAUUUCUAAACUAGCUUUAUUUAUACUGGAUAGCUCUAUCAGUUCUAAACUGUUCUCCCUAGAGGUCCAGUGAGGAUCAUCUCUUAUUGAUCCAGUGUUACUACAGGGAGAAACCUAAAACUAAACUAACUUUAUUUAUACUGGAUAGCUCUAUCAGUUCUAAACUGUUCUUCCUAGAGGUCGAGUAAGGAUCAUCUCUUAUUGAUCCAGUGUUACUAUAGGAAGAAACCUAAAUUAACUUUAUUUCCAGUGGAUAUGUCUAUACCAGUUCCAAACUGCUUUCUCUUAAGGCUAGUUUCCACUCAGGAAAAUUAUCCGUGGAUUGGAAUUAACGGACAAGAAAAUUUUUCUUUGUGUUAAAGUCGUUAGUUCCAACCCACCGUUCCAAUCCACGAUACUUUUCCUAAGUGGAAACUAGCCUUUAGAGGUCCAGUAAGGUAUUUCACCUCUUGCCGUGAAAAAAACUGGUGAUUCAAAUGGGAACUGAACGCGUUUUUCUCGUAUGUGACUGAGGUGAAAUUAUAAUCAGACAACAGCAUAUUGAAGACAUUCAAUGUCAAAGAGAUGGAAGACAUACCAGUUCUACGGAUACUAGCGAGAGCGUUCAUGCAUCUUUCAGGAGUUGAUAAAACUGAAGGAAGAUGAGCGUUCCAUAAAAAGAAAUGUUUGCAAGCUUUUACUCAUGUUCAGAGUUGCUGGAAAAACCAAAGGUAUGUUCAUUAUUAAUUCUUAUCAUGAUUCUAGUCUACCAAUGAGGAUCUCCCAGGAGUUUCAAGGGGAACAUGGUGAAAGCAUUGUGUAGUCUUCUGGCCUAUAGAAUUGAGGGAUGUACUUCAAUUUGCUUGCUUCUAUAACUGACGACAGUUCUGAAGUUGAACACCAUCUACUGCCCUCGCUGAAACCAACCAAUUGUAGAAAGUUAUUUUGUCGUGUAGAUUCCAAGGAUGAAACUAUUUGUCAGGAGUGUAUGUAUGCAAUCAACUACCUGGGAAACAUGUUUCCAAAGAACACGACUAAGGUACGAAACUUGCAUGAAAUAUCAUUGCAAUGAUUGAUGAACAUCGAGAUUGGAUAAUUUUAAAAUAAAGAUGCACAUUUUCCUUUUAUGACUUUUGUACACAGGAGGAAAUUUGGAAUGGAUUGAAGAUCUUUUGUUCGCGAUUUCCACCAUCUGUAAUGAAAGAUGUAAGUUUUUAUUAGUUGGCUUUAAACUACGCUAACAUGUACUGGAUACCACGACAGUAUCCAGUAAGGAUUAUCUAUUCUUGAUCCAGCUAGUGUUACCACAGGAAGAACCUAAACUAAACUAACUUUAUUUAUACUGGAUAGCUCAGUUCUAAACUGUUCUUCCUAGAGGUCCAGUAAGGAUCAUCUCUUAUUGAUCCAGUGUUACUACAGGAGGAAACCUAAACUAAACUAACUUUAUUUAUACUGGAUAGCUCAGUUCUAAACUGUUCUUCCUAGAGGUCCAGUAAGGAUCAUCUCUUAUUGAUCCAGUGUUACUACAGGAGGAAACCUAUUAAACAAAACUAACUUUAUUUAUACUGGAUAGCUCUAUCAGUUCUAAACUGUUCUCCCUAGAGGUCCAGUAAGGAUCAUCUCUUAUUGAUCCAGUGUUACUACAGGAGGAAACUGGAAUAGCUGGAAUACCUGAAUUUGGUGAGGUGAAAUUAUAUAUUGCUGGACAUACAUUGCUCUCGUUGUACCUGAGUCACAGAGUUGAAAGCAGAUGCACUAACCAUGCAAAGGUUAUUCGUACUCUGUCUUAAUCGUAUAUGCUGUUUAGUGUGACGAGGUCAUUAAAGAAUAUGGCGACUUUUUGGUGAAACUGUUGCUUGGUGAAAUUGAUCCUGCGACGUUCUGUAAGGUACGUCUCGUCAAAGAUCUAGGAAGAUCUUUAGAGUUUAGAGUAUUCUCAGUUUAAUCAACGACCUACAAAUACGGAUAAAGGCUAGAGAAACAAUAUAUUCCUGGUUUGUGCAUGACAUCAUGACAGCCAUGUUGGACGAUUGGACGAAUGCUAACAAGAGAAUAUGAUUAUAGCAACUCUUGUAUUUGGAGCGUGUUUUCCUCCAUCAAUCAUCAUGUCCGCCGUGUCUUUGUCUUGUAAAUCUCAAAAAAUUGCAAACCACCAGUGUGGCACCAGAUAUUUCCGUGCGGUAAACACGUGAAAACGCACAAGUUGUUACAAGUCUGCAAACAAGUUGUUAGAAAUCUGUUCACAAGCUGUCAACAAGUUGUGUUCGCACUGCUUGUUCCCAGUUGUUGGAACAAGCUGUCAACAACUUGUAACAAGCUUGGUGGCAUUAUCAGGUUGUUCUAACAAGUCUGAUACAGUCAUGAUACAACAAGAAUGUUACAAGGUUGACGAAACAAGGUUUUAACAAUAUUGUUAUAUCAUGAGACAUGACUGUAUCGGAUUUGUUGAAACAAACCAUAGAUGUUAUAUCUAUGGAACAACCUUGCAACAAGUCAAAUAAUGUCAACAAGCUUGUCAACAGCUUGCUCCAAACUUGUUGACAACUUGGGACAAGCAGUGCGAACACAACUUGUUGACAAGAUGUGAGUUUUUACGCGUGUAGAACAUGACUGUUUUGACAAUUUUGACUGGCAGAGUAAACAAGAUUCUUGUAUGACUGAACCGUUAUAUCUGAUAAAAUUUUAUAGGAACUUGGAUUGUGUCAAGUCAGUUUGGAACAAAAGGAGAAAGUCAAGGAGGAUUUAGAUGCAGUAGUAUUAUAA